GACCGACCCAGCCGGUCUAGUUGGAAAAACCGAAAAACUCGGCGCUCUUAGGCUUAACAUAUAAAUCCCUACGAUUCUCCAAAAUCCCAAAAAAGCUCGCGCGUUCAACAGUUGAUAAAGAGAAGCAAAUUGAAUUGAAUCAGAGAGCUUAAGGGUUUUUGAAGAGAAGCGAAGAUGGGAGAGCGUAAGGUUCUGAACAAGUACUAUCCACCGGACUUCGACCCAUCGAAGCUGCCCAGAAUUAGGAGGCCCAAGAAUCAACAGAUAAAGGUGCGGAUGAUGCUUCCCAUGAGCAUUCGCUGCAAUACUUGUGGCAAUUACAUCUACAAAGGCACCAAAUUCAAUUCUCGCAAAGAAGAUGUCGUCGGAGAGACAUAUUUGGGAAUUCAAAUAUUUAGAUUUUACUUCAAAUGUACCAAAUGCUCCGCUGAGCUCGCGAUGAAGACAGACCCACAGAAUUCAGACUAUGUUGUUGAGGCCGGUGCUACACGAAAUUUUGAACCCUGGCGCAAUGAGGAUGAGGAAUUAGAUAAGGAGAAACAAAAAAGGGAGUCUGAAGAAAUGGGAGAUGCGAUGAAAUCCUUGGAGAACAGAACCCAGGAUUCCAAAAGAGAGAUGGACAUCAUGGCUGCUUUGGAUGAGAUGAAGUCCAUGAAGGCCAGACAUUUUAAUGUGAGUGUGGAUGAUAUGUUGGAGGCUUUGAAACAUACGGCUGCUUUAAAGGAGAAAAUGAUUGAAGAGGAGGAUGAAGCAGCCUUAAAAUCAGUACUAUUCCAUAACUCAAAAGAUUUUGUUCGAAGGGUUCCUGAUGAAGAUAUUGAGCCUUUAAGUGGCAACGGUGAAACAUCAGAUCAUAAUUUCAAGAGGCCAAAGCUUACCCAAGACGCACCUAGCAACCCGACAGAUUGGUUGACAAAAAGCAGUAUUUUUAAUAUCUCAAGCAACAGAGGAAAUCAAAAUGGCUCAGAAGCUCCAACUGAUGCUAAAUUCACUCUGAAGUCGUCAACUGUUAGGGUUUCUAUAGUUAAGAAACCAGUUGCGGCUGAAGGUAACAAGUCCGCGGAAGGAGAAGAUAAGAAACAAUUGGGAGAGGAGGUUCAAAAUUCUACAAAACCAAAUGAUGAAAAGCAAGAGGGAGAGAAUAAAACCAAUGUUACAAGCAAUGUACUACAGUCAUUGUGCCAAAACUAUGAUAGUGAUGAUGAAUAGUUGUCGAUUAGUUUUAUCUACUUCUCAUUUUUAUUCCCACAAUCAUGUCUUGAGGAAAUCUUUUCAGUAUAUCCUGAUCUAUCUUGGUUACCAUUAUGUAUUAAGAGAAUGAAUGUUGUAAAAAUUAGUACAUAACUUCUGUAGUGUGGGCCUAACUUUUCUGAAGGAAAUAUUUUAACUUUCUGGCCC